AUGGCAAAAUAUUCUUUGGAGGCAAAAGAAUUAUUACGAUCAAAUUUAUGGGAAGUUUCUAUCUAUCUAUGGCGAUUUCUAUCUAUCUAUCUAUCUAUCUAUCUAUCUAUCUAUCUAUCUAUCUAUGUUGUUUUUGAACCGUCGUGGGGCAACGCCCGACACACUUUCCUCCAUGGCUACUUCCUUUACCUCCUCCAUGUUUUGAUGUUCCUGAAGCAGCUGAAAUUACUCUGUCCUCAGCUCCUCUCCGUGCUCGUCGACGAGCUCGUCAACGUCGCCCGCGUCAACCUCGAGGCCCAAAGACUUUCCAAGAGACACUCUCCUCAACUUCGGUAUCUAUCUAUCUAUCUAUCUAUCUAUCUAUCUAUCUAUCUAUCUAUCUAUCGCCAACCGCUAUUUUCCUCCUCCUAUCCAUAUAAGCUACCAGUUAUCAUGUAUAAUGAGCUAAGCACAGAGGCCCACAUGGAAGAAAGAUCGUGUUGCAACAAUCUCGGACGUAAAGGUGGAGUCUCCAUUCUCCAGUCACAAGAAAAUUCGAUAUCCCGGGCCAUCAAACGGACACUAUCUAUCUAUCUAUCUAUCUAUCUAUCUAUCUAUCUAUCUAUCUGUUCAUUAUCUAUGUAUGUAUGUAUCAAUCUACCUGUUUUUUCAUCAUCUAUCUAUCUAUCUAUCUAUCUAUCUAUCUAUCUAUCUAUCUAUCUAUCUAUCUAG